GGCUGUCUGCUGCCUCAACCCUACACUCAAACUCUGAAAACACAAUUACGCGCAGAAGACGAAUUCGUGGAUAUCUUGCAGUCACAUGAAACCACUUUUUUCCAGCCGAUAAACUAACGAACCACCUCUCCUCUUCCUCUUUCUGGUGUUUUCCUCUGUGUGUAAUCGAGACUGGAUUCAGAGACGGGGAAAACAGGGAUGUUUCUUCCGGUUCCAAAGAGUGUAAAAACCGAACGGAAGCCGAUGUGGUCUUUGUAGUCUAUCAGCGCACUCUUGUCCUCCUACCUUUUGCCUCCGCUACUUGUGCUUCAUUGACUGCUGUGCAACUCAGCCCUGCUGUCGGCUUUGGUUUCCUCCCACUUCAGGAAAAACCAUUGAGACAAGAGAGAGGCCUCUGUUUCCAGAACUGCAGCCGACCUUUCUCAGAGCUCUGCCACCCCUUCCUCCUCCUCCUCAUUUCACUUCAUAACCAUAACCUGCAGCUGCCUCACCACAAAAAAAACUUCCACCACUGUCCACCGCCUGGCCCCGGACUGGUGCUCCUUCAGUGGGGGAGGGAGGGGAAGGAAGGCAGCUGAACGUUGUGCCACUUUCCCCAGAGAUGAAGCUCCAGGCUGUCAUGGAGAACCUGCACAGGCAGCAGAGGGCCAAGCUGCUGAUGGAGCAGCAGCUACAGCAGCAAGCCGCCGCCCAACGCACUCAGGUCCGCACAAUCGUUGGAGGAGGGGACGAGCCGAUGGGGAGCCCAGCCCCUGAGGCAGAACAAGCCCAGAUGGCAGCACUGGCAGCCAUGCGUGCCGCUGCCGCCGGGCUGCAGAGGGUGUCGGACAGCCCCAUGUCAGAUCGCAGCAGUGGUGGUGAGGACGAAGGUGUUGACGAUGACAAUGAAGACGGGGAGGACCAUUACAAGGACAUGAUGGGGUCAGAUGAGGAGGAGCAGAUUUUUUUUUCAUACAGCAAACACAAAUGGGACGAGGAAGACUUUGAAGGCGAGAUGGAAGAAGACUUUGAUGACGACCUGGCGGAAGAGGGUCUGCCAACGGGCCAUGAUGCCGUGGCUCCAGGAAAGGGAAUCCUCCUGCUACCCCACCGUCAACUCAACCCUCACUCUCAGCUGCUGAAGACCCGGCCCGGUGUCGACCAGGAACCCCGUGUAGCCAUCAUGCCCCCCCACGCCACGAACAACCAUCUGAGCGGACAGGACCACGGAGAGUGGACCUACGAGGAGCAGUUCAGACAGCUGUAUGAACUGGAUAGAGACCCGAAGAGAAAAGAGUUUCUGGAUGACCUCUUCAGCUUCAUGCAAAAACGAGGAACGCCGGUGAAUCGUAUUCCCAUCAUGGCCAAGCAGGUCCUGGAUCUGUACAUGCUCUACAGGCUGGUGACAGAGAAAGGCGGCCUGGUGGAGGUCAUCAACAAGAAACUGUGGAGAGAGAUCACUAAGGGACUCAACCUGCCUACCUCAAUCACCAGUGCAGCCUUCACCCUACGCACACAAUACAUGAAGUACCUGUACCCAUACGAAUGUGACAAGAGGGGUCUGAGCAAUCCCAACGAGCUCCAGGUAGCCAUCGACAGUAAUCGGCGGGAGGGCCGGCGGCAGAGCUUUGGCAGCUCCCUCUUCACAUACUCGCCCAACGGGACACCUACCAUGCUCUCGUCGCCCAAACUCCCGUCAGCCAGCGUCGGCCUGACGAUGGGCACCAACGGGGCCUCGCUGACCCAUAACCACAAGAUCAAGAAAGAAGAGGACGCUGGCCAGUCGCUGAUGGGACUCAGUAUGGCUCGUCUGUCAGCGGGGGCGCUGCAUGGGAACUCGAUGGGUGCGAUGCAGGCAGCAGCCGCUCAGGCAGCGAUGGCCGCUCAGAUGGCGGCUCUGGAGCAGCUCAGGGAAAAACUCGAGGCCGGUGAGCCACCAGAGAAGAAGAUGGCACUGCCGGCCGAGGAACACCAACGACUGCUGCAGAGAGCACUACAACACAACCUGCUGGCCAUGACCGCUCAGAUACCCAUGAACAUCCGCAUCAACAACCAAGAGAGCAGGCAGGACUCGGCCCUGAAUCUCACCACCAACGGCACAAGCAGCAUCAGCAUGUCAGUUGAGCUCAACGGCGUGAUGUACACCGGCGUUCUUUUUGCUCAGGCAGCAGCAGGGGCAGCUUUGUCCGGUGCAGUCGGAUUGUCUGUCUCCAACAAGUCGGUCAGCAGUCGUGUUGCUCCACAGCAGCACCAGAACACACCUACCUCAACAUCGAGCAACCCGUUGUCUUAACAAACCCCCAGCAUUUUUUUAUUUUGAAUUACCAUGCUAAGUAAAGCCAAAAAUCAACCUCAUUUUCUACAUAAUCUAUGCCAAAAAGAGAAGAAUCAUAAACUGUACAGAGACUCAAACUGAAACUCAGAUCACUUGAAUUACAUUAUCUCAGGUUUUCUCUCAUCAACUCACCUCUUUUGUUCUUCAUAGCCAAACUUAUUUCUGGAAAAAACAAAGAAUAUCUCAACUGAGAGCCAGUAUAUGCUAAACAAAUAUGUAUGCACAAUCUGUGAAUUAUUUAUUUCUGCAUAAAUGUACAGAUUAUUGGAGAACAAAAGAGAAGGUAAUAACUAGGAAGGGUAAUGCACUGUUUACACACAAACACAGCUACUGAUUGACAGCAAUGUUUUAUCCUCUAGGGGGUAGAUUUUUUUAUUUUAUUUUCACUUUUUGUUGUUAUUGUUAUUCUCUUUACUGUGUUUUAUCAUUUAAAUCUUUAACAAUCCACUCACUGCAGGAAAAAAAUAUAUUUAAAAUUAUAUAUUAAAAAAAGUUAAUAUGAAUAUCCUCUAUUUUUAAUCAGAAAAGCUUUAAAGGUAUAUGUUUUUCUUCAGGGCAUAUAACAAUGUACCAUUGUGACCUCAUUUUGUGUAAAGCCCUAUUCGCAAGGCAGCCAUUUUGGAUCUCUAUUAGGGAAAGUCCGGUCACUCCUGCUGUGCACAUCAUAUUAGUGCAGAGAUUCUGCAGUGAGACAAGAUGUAAAACGCAUUUCAAGAGUCUGGGUAAUGGCUACAAUGCUACAUAGCUUAUGAAUGCUAUGAAGUGGUUGUGCUUUUCCCGUUACAGCUGGAUAAUGUUUUAUCUAAAAUCCUCACCUGCUCGUUGACAUAAGGCCAGUUUAAUAUAUAUCUGCGCCAUUCUUGCAGGUAGAUUGUCAAGCUUUGAGUUCGAAAUGGCUGUGUUGUAAGAGUACGGUCAGUUUUGCAGGCGGGGAUAUGAACUUUUAGCCUUUCUUGAACCCUCGCUGCAUUAACACGCUGGACUUUUGCAGCCUUAUUAGUGUCCACACAGACUGCUGCUGUUUGCGGUUCAGAUUGUAUGUGAAUAAUAACUAUUUUUGACUGCUCCCAGGUGUCUGAUGCUAAUUGAUUUGUACAAUAUCUUGACAAAUCCAGAGCAAUGCUUUUCAACAUCUUUCUCUGCAGAAAGAUUCAUUUUCCUCUUCUUCUUUUUCUUACUUGGCCUUCUAGUGGAGUGAUUGUCUUAAGGUCAUAUGCAUGCCUGUAUUUGUAGAUGAAGCCCUUCAGCAAUCAGGAAUGAACCACAGUUUUCCUGCCUUUAAAUCAGAGGAGUCGUGUAUCCACUAAAUCCCUAUCAAUGUGGAGACACUUACAUGGACAAUCAGGUGUUAUUUUAGCUUAAAUCUGGUGUUGUGUUGUUGUAUUAUAGCUAACAGAUGCUUUUAUUUUUGGUUCAGCUUUGUGUUUUGCGUGACUUAGUGCUUCUUCUGAUCCAAGUGCUUCUUAUCCUGUGCUGUGACAGGGACCAGGUCUCCUUGAAACUGGCUGUCAAGGAUAUAACAGAGAAUGUCUUGUGAUCCUUUGACUGUUUAUAGAUGUUGUUUAAUUAGGGCUUUGACAAUGUGCUCUCAGAGGUAAUUGUAGCUGCAGCUGAGCACCCUCUUGUGUCUUAGUGUUUGUAUCAACACUUGCUGCAGUAAGAUUUGUAAAAAGUUAAAUCCGCCACAGCAAAGAUACCAUAUAAUUCACGUGUAGUUAUGUUUCUGCAAUGACAUCAAUCAUCAAUCAAUUCAGCUUUUUUAACUUUAACCUGUGCUACCUCUCUGGACUGUUAAAGAUUGUUACUCUACCCCCACCCAAAGCAGCCUCAUUCCUACUGACGUUAAGGAGUAAAUCAGGCUUUGUAUGUGGGUUCUGUUCUGAGGCCUUAACACAGCAUGAGAUGACCAGAGAGUCAGCAGUACCUCCAUCUAAUCAGUUUUUACUGUUCCAGUCAAAUAUCACCAGAUGGCUGUCGUGGCUUUGAUUUUGGACGCACCCCUCAAUGGGAAAUCACCACCAGUUGCUACACAAACACUGACCAGUUUUGAAAAGUAAAACUCUCAUUCAGAGUCACAUACAAUAAUUAAAUGUUGUCUUUAAGUUUGGUAAAAUAGUGAGGAUUACCGUCCGGUCUCUGUAGUUUUGUUACUUCCUAGAAAAAGAGAACUGUUAUUUAUCUUUUACUCCCGCUUACAUGCAGCUGUCAACAUUUUGAAAUGUAAGCUUUUCUUCUGAGCGUGCCUCUCUUUCUCAGUUUGUAUUUAAUGAUCUUAAGCAGGCAAGAGGCUGUGUGUCGCAAACUGCAGAAGAUCCCAUGUAUGCUUAUCUAAAGGAUUCUCAUAGGGGCCGAAUAAUAGCAGCAUUCAAACAUGUCUAAAUCAGAAAACGCUACAUUGGGAAAAAGGCUUGGUGACCAACGAAUAAUAUCGGUCAAUAAUGUCACCACCACCACCUAUAGCAAAAACGUGUUCCUGCUACACUUUUAGGUCUUCAUAGUUGCUGUUUUGGUUGAAGGUGUGUUUAGGGUUUUACAAUUGUGCAUUUGUACCACAUGUCAGCUAAAAUAACUUUUGAGGAACUGGCAAAUGUUCACAAUGGCAUCUCAGCUCCCCCAGCCAAGGCCCUGCAACACACACAAUCAUGCACACACUACACAGGACUGAGGCAGAGGACACACUAUAAAAAGAUAUAUGAAUAACAUUUAAGAAAUAUGCGGCUAUCUAAUCUUUUAAUGGUUAUGUAAUAAUCUUGUGUCAGCAUGUGGCUGUAUGCCAUUAACUGUUAGCUGUUAAUCAUAAGUAACAAAUGUAUUAUAGAUGGACUACUCAAUAGCAAGAACAGAACUUUGUAUUUAAAGUGCAUUGAGAAAGCUUGUUUGAAAUUAAAAAAACCUCAAACACUCACAAACGCAAAUAUGUUAUCCAACCUGGAUAACAUAGUAGGAUGAGAUGCAUAGUUUUCUCUUCAUAAGCUUUCUUCUGCAUCACAUUUUCUCACUUUUAUCAUUCUAAUGCUACUCUUUAGAUCCAGCCACCUACAGUCAACUUAAGAGAUGAAAUCUUUUUACUAAGAUUUUGUGAGUUUUUUCAAGGAAUCACAGCCCACGAUGGAUUAAUGUUCAGGUUCUUUAUGUAGAUGUAUUACAGAUGACUUUGUAUUCCUAGAGUGAAGAUUGACAAACAGGCCGUGCCAUCUGGCUUCUUCUUAGCAUUCAGCAGGCAUAGUUUUAUCUUCUUUAUUGUUUAAGAUGUGGCUAUUGUAUUAUUUAUUUGGUAUAAUAAGCUCAAAUACCAAUAUUUUAUGGCAUCACAAAAAGAUUGUUCAACUCCAAAAAACAGGAAAAAGAAGAUUAACCAAUUUAAGUAAAGGCUUGUUCACCAGCUACCUUUGACUGGUCGAACUGAAGUCAUCACAAUUUGGUGUUUCAUAGAGUUUCAUAGGGGAAAAGUAUGAUGUCAAGAAUUAACAUCCUGGUCUUAACUCAGUUUUGAGUUAGUUCCUCCUCGAUUCCUCCGUUAAGCAGCUGUACAUUUCAUAGAUUACUAUGUAAACUGAUGUGUUUACUCCAGCACACAGAAGUUUCAGCAUGCCUCUCUCUACGUGAGUAGCAGAUGUCACAGUUACUGUUGAUGGCUGACAAUCAAAUAGAGACAUGCUGUGGUUGAAAGCAUUAGUUUAGGGGGGAGGGCUGCUAAAGAAAGCACAAUUCAAUCAAUACUGAUCUAAAGGAUCAACAUUGCUUUCUUAGAUUUGACCCUGUGACCUUUUGACCCCCGAGGCAACAUUCAGGCACCUGCCCCCUUCAAUGGAUCCAUGUUUAUCAUAUACAUCUAUUGACUCCCUCUCUGAGAUAUUUGCAUAUGAACAGUGGAGGUACUGCAGCUCUCUCUGUUUCUUUCAGUAUGUAUGUGCACGGCGACAAUCAGGAGACAUUAACAAUGUAUACCUCCAACACUCUGACUUACCCUUCAACCACACAGAACCCAUUUCUACCUCAAGAAUAACAAAGACUUGGCAGAUUUUGCUUCAGCCAAAAAUUACUUUUCAAGGUUGUGUUUAAGCAGAAAAACCUCAUCAAAUCGUAAUUAAUGCUGGUUAUCAAAGAUAAACAAUAUUAACGUUUGGUUAUGCAAGGGAGUCAGAGAUGUUAGUACUGUUGAGGGUUCAGUUCCAGCUUCAUCGUCUUUACUUAAGAGCUCCCCUCAGUGGAAGGUUUUGUUAUGACGCACUAUUAGUUCACAUUUCCUAAAGGGAAAUGCAAAAAAGGUCUGAGCUAAGGCUGCAAAGAUGUAUUGUCCUUCAGUGUGGACAUUUACUGCAAACAAAUGACAUCAUUUAAGUGUUAAUAUCUUCAUUUUACUUCCAGUGUUUUCAGAGUUUUUUCCUUGUUAAAGUGACGAAGCCUCAUCACUGGACACUUAAAGGCUGCACUGAAAGAAACUAUUUUAGAGGCAUUUAAUUACAGAAUUUGUUUAAUUAUUUAAACCAGUUAACAGUCAAUAAUCAAACAUCCUUUUUUUGCUUGUUUCUCUUUGCUGGGGUCAAACAGGUUUCUCCAUAUUUUACAAAAAACAUUGGAGCAAAGUAGCUGUGAAAACUGUAUUAGUCUUAACUCUGUACUUUACCAGAGUUUGUUCUGAGUCUGGAGAAGAAUUUCUACCAGGUUUUAUGGUUCAGACCGGUAUUUAUUUCUCAAUGCUACCAGCUGCUUUUUAUGUGUCUGUGGUUCUGUAGCCGCUUUGUUUUCUUUCUUCCUUUGUCAAAGUUACAAUAUUGUGUGGUAAUGCAGUUUAAACGCUUGGGUUGAUUUCAUAAUGUCUGCUUGUUUGAUGCAAUCAUGUGCUGUUGUAUGGAUCAGAAAACAAUAAUUCCAUCCAUCCAUCCAUCCAUCUUCUCCCGCUUUUCCGUCAGGGUCGCGGAGGUAACAGCUCCAGCAGAGAGCCCCAAACUCAAUAAUUCAGCUGUACUUAUUUUCAUCUCACUCUUUCCGAUUUUUCUUUUAGUCUUGGUGUUUGAUUUCCUGUCAAUCCAGGAAGGUCAUAAAUGUAUUGCUUUACAGGGGCUGACUCCCAAUCAGCACAAGCCCCCGCAGUCUCUUCUGGUUGGUUGGCUUGCUCGCUCUGUAAUAACUUUCAAGUGUUUUACCUUGAAAUAGUGCAGCUUUUAUUCCCACCAGAGCCUAACUAAAGAACGUCUUGAAACCAGAGUGUCUUGCAUGGAAAAUGAAAAUUCUGACUCUUGUUCCCACAUGUUGCUGACAUGGAAAUUCUGCUGUAACAUUUACGGGUUAAGGUGCAUGCGGGCUUCGGGGGGCUUUUGAUGAAAUGUCACCACUGACUUUAUCUGUAUUAGGGGGACUGUGGACAAGGAAAAUUAUAAAUAACACGAUGCCUUCUGCUGUGACAAUAGUUGUAUGAAAUAACCUGUAUUACUAAGAAUCAUUAAAUAGAAUAUUUCUGGAAUAUGGCUUUUAGGGCUAUGCAUUAUGUCGUGUUCCUACUACCUGUUUAUUUGGCUCUUUCUAUGCUUUUUUGGGGAUAUGCUAUAGCAAACCGGCACACCGAGAUUACUUUUAGAGCAAAUUUAUUAAUAUGAUGAUGAUGAUAAAUAAUGGGAUUAUUUUAGGGAAGCAUGUGAUGUGCGUGUGGGCUUCACGUGUCUUCAAGUUAACUGAAACAAGGCUCUUGUCUCUUACAACUUCUCAGGAAAAUCUACCUCUACCUCCAGUUUUAUACAUUUAACCCAAUUGAAGUUACAGUUUAGUGAAAGAGGAUGUGAGAGCGGACCCAGGUCUGAAAUAACUCCAACAUAGUACAGUACAUAAUAUAUCUUAUAAUCUCAUGGCACACCUAAGAGUGUAUUAAAGCAAGUAUUGUGGUAUAUUUAUAUCAGUUUUUCUGGCAGGUCAACAAAUACAAAUUCUCUCAGAAAAUGUAUUUCACACCCUGGUGUGUGUGAGAGGUUUAUUUUGGACUCUGGGGUCUUUCUCCGUCUCUCUGAUUCUUUCUGUGUUACAGGUUGGUAACACUUUAACUUAUUUAAGGAUCAACAACAGGGAACCUCCAGUUCAACAGCUUACUAACUUCUCAGUACUAGCACGAAUCAGUAUUGCUUUUAGUACCACUGUUAGUACUGUCAGUCGUUUUCAGUCUGUUCUAUUAAUGUGUGCUUAUUCCUCCUUUUUUAUAAAUGAUUUUUUUGUUUGUUGAUGAAUGGGAUGUUUCCCGUUAACCACGGUAAUAGUAGAGUGGCGGCGGUCAAUGCAACUGUUCUUUUUUGUUUUCUUUGUUUUCGAAGGGUGAAGAGCUAUUAUUGCCUAUUUACUCAAAAUGUGUUUGUGUGAAUACUUUUGUUUUGAAUCUGAAAUUAAUAAAAUAUCACCUCUCUUUAAUGUCA